AUGACCGAGCUUCUUGAUCUUUGCUACGAUGUCUUGAUCCGAAUUCUUGAAGAGGUCGACGCGCCGGAUCUUGCAGCAUGCGCCCAGACGUCAGUGGGGUUUAAGGAGUUCAUUGAUAAGAACACACGGUUGUUUAAAGCGCACUACCUGAAGAUUUUUGAUGAUCCCCGUCGACGACCUGCUGACCCGGAUUCUGAUUGGGUAUCUGAGCUUCAGAAUGCCAUCAGAUGCCAGAAAAUACUCGAGUCAGCUGACAAUGACCUCAAGCGCAAGGAGUUUGACUUUGUGACAACCACGACCCUUUCGCUCAUCGCCACUGCAUCCACUGACGAGCUUGGCGUGUCCUAUAACCAGCAGGUUUUGGCCGAGCUCUUCGAUUCCAUCACACAGAACCGUGAUGCCUUUAUGUGUCGCUCGUCGCUCUACUCACGCGCAGGAACAGACUACCAGAAGCCUGCGGACAACGAGCAAGGCCGGCAGUCGAGCGCAAAGUUGCAAUGUCUGUUUGGAAUCACAUCGACGUCUGGAGGACGACGCUCGCUCUCUACUCAUCCAUAUGCAAGAUCGAAUGUGUACGACUUACGAAACUACACCGAUAAGACGCAAUGGGGUCCGUACCGGGAUGACGGAAGCAUGAGGGCGGACUGGGAGAUGAUCGAGAGCAUCAUGAUUGUUCUGGGGUACAGCUCGGGACUUUGCUGUCGGCGCUUCCUUGCCAAAUUCCGGCCACCAUGGGCCAAUCCCUUUGAAGGCGUUGUCCCAGAACGAGCGAAAAUCAUGCCGGCUUACCCGACCACACUGCCUAUGGAGUUGGACGUCCCUCUGACCCUCAAAGAUCCUUACAAUGUCUCUGGCGUUUGGUCACGUAUUGUCUGCUUCCUCGACUACAACGAUCUCUAUCACUACAACUUCGAUGAGGACGCCCUGCGUUGGCCCUCAGACGAGCCUCGAGAGCCCAUCACAGCCGAAGAGGCGAUUCGACACAUCAUGAUGGAUAUCAGGGUUACCAAAGUCGAGCCGGCGGGCCAGUUGGACAAUUCCGCGCUACCUGUCGUGCACUUUGGUGGCAGAUCGCGAUCCGUCGAGGCUUCUUGGGACCCCAAUGCGAAUUCGGGGAUUAGAGGAUCCGUCCGCCUGACGCCCGAAGGCGAGGUGCGAUGGCAGACCAUCUCGGUGUUCUACGGCGGAGAGGAGAGGUGGCGUAGUGAUGGCAUUCAAGUUGGAGGACUGCGAUCGCAGCGUGGUGUGAUUGGGACAUGGUUUGACAAGGACUUUGAUCCACAUGGGCCAGCAGGACCGACGGCAUUCUGGAAGAUUUCCGACAGAAACCUGGAUGACGAGGAUGAGGAUGAGACGGCCUGA